GGAAGGGUGACCCCCUGUUCAGGUGGAGCCCGGGGGGAUUUGGUCCCCGAGCAGCUCUGGCUUUCGCUCACCGGUCCCGCCGAGGCAGGAUUCCCAGGAGCUAGCUAUGUCGUCAGAAGUCCUGCUGGUGUCUGCUCCAGGGAAAGUCAUUCUUCAUGGAGAGCAUGCCGUGGUCCACGGCAAGGUAGCGCUGGCGGUGGCCGUGAACUUAAGAACAUUCCUCCGGCUUCAGCCCCACAGCAGUGGGAAAGUGUGCCUCGACCUACCGAACAUUGGCAUCAAGCGGGUCUGGGAUGUGGCCAGGCUUCAGCUACAGGACACGAGCUUUCUGGAGCAAGGUGACGCCUCGGCACCCACCGCGGAGCUAGUGGAGAAGCUGAAGGAGGUGGCAGCCUUCCCCAAGGACUGUGCCGACCCUGAGCGUGCGGCCGUGCUGGCCUUCCUUUACUUGUACCUGUGCAUCUGCCGGAAGCAGAGGACCCUGCCCAGCCUGGACAUGAGGGUGUGGUCCGAGCUGCCCACUGGGGCCGGCCUGGGCUCCAGUGCCGCCUACUCUGUGUGUGUGGCCUCCGCUCUCCUGACCGCGUGCGAGGAGAUCCCAAACCCGCUGAAGGACGGCGAGCCUGCCAGCAGGUGGACAGUGGAGGACUUGGAAUUAAUUAACAAGUGGGCCUUCCAGGGGGAGAGAGUGAUUCACGGGAACCCCUCCGGAGUAGACAACGCUGUCAGCGUUUGGGGGGGAGCACUCCGAUACCAGCAAGGAAAGAUUUCGCUCCUAAAGAGGCUGCCGGCUCUGAGGAUCCUGCUGACCAACACCAAGGUCCCUCGCAGCACCAAGGCUCUCGUGGCCGGCGUCAGGAGCAGGCUGCUUAAGUUCCCAGAGAUCGUGGCGCCCGUGCUGACCUCCAUAGAUGCUAUCUCCCUGGAGUGCGAGCGGAUGCUGGGGGAGAUGGUGGCUGCCCCCGCCCCGGAGCACUACCUGGUGCUGGAAGAGCUCAUCGACAUGAACCAGCACCAUCUGAAUGCCCUCGGCGUGGGCCAUGCCUCCCUGGACCAGCUGUGCCAGGUGACCAUGGCCCAUGGACUGCACAGCAAGCUCACUGGCGCGGGUGGCGGUGGCUGUGGCAUUACGCUCCUCAGGCCAGAUCUGGAGCAGUCGGUGGUCGAGGCCGUGAAGCAGGCCCUGAGCAGCUGCGGCUUUGACUGCUGGGAAACCAGCAUCGGUGCUCCUGGCAUCUCUGUCCACUCGGCCGCCUCCCUGGACGCCCCCGUGCGGCAAGCCCUGGAUGGCCUCUGAGAGGAGCCUGUGCCGCUGCAGCCCCACCACGAAGCCCCUUCCUGGAUUAUUCUGGGUGCCGGAGCCGGCCUCUGUGCUGGCCGGUGGGCCCCAGUCCCAGCGGCGCGACCUGGAACCUGCAGCGGACUGGGCCGCCCAGAAGACACGGUCUGCGUCCUGCAUCCCCUUGAGCUGCCCAGGCGGUGGGGCCACGUGGGGGGCUCUGCCAUGUCCUCUGACAUGUGGGGGGCUUCCCUCCUGUCCUCCCUGCAGCUCCCACACACCCAUCCGCUUUGGGCCUCUGCCUUCUCCCCAGACCCCCUGCCCACUUGGUUGGACGCUCAGAUGCGGGAGUGUGGUUCCUGAAGCGGUGCGCCUUCCCCCCCCUCCCUCUGCCUCUGCACUUCCACCUGUCUCUCAGGGCCCCGCUCCUCCCACCUCCUCCGGGAAGCCUUCCCUGACCCCUGGCAGGGUGACCCUCACCCCCACCUUCCUCCCCUCGCACCUCCAGUCUGUUUGAACCACUCGGCACUUUGUGUGGCCUGCUCUGCUCUCCAGCUAGACUGUGGGCUCCCAAGGGGGUGUCCAGGUGGUGGCCUUCACUUUGUGACCUCCCAUCACAGGACUGGCAGAGGGGAAAUAAAAAGCUCUUGAGGAAA